AUGGAGGCUGAAGAGAAGAUGGAAUGCCUUCAGGAGUUCCCGGAACAUCAUAAAAUGAUUCUGGACCGAUUGAAUGAACAGCGAGAGCAGGAUCGGUUUACUGACAUCACCCUCAUUGUUGACGGACAUCAUUUUAAGGCCCACAAGGCUGUUUUGGCUGCUUGCAGUAAGUUCUUCUACAAUUUCUUUCAGGAAUUUACUCGGGAAACUUUGGUGGAGAUAGAAGGUGUUAGUAAAAUGGCCUUCCGUCAUUUAAUUGAGUUCACAUACACAGCAAAAUUAAUGAUACAAGGAGAAGAAGAAGCCAAUGAUGUAUGGAAAGCAGCAGAGUUCCUACAAAUGCUAGAAGCUAUCAAAGCCCUUGAAGUCCGGAACAAAAAAAACUCCGUUCCACUAGAGGAAAAUACCACAGGAAAAAGUGAGGCAAAAAAAAGAAAGAUUGCAGAAACUUCAAAUGUUAUCACUGAGUCAUUGCCCUCUGCAGAAUCAGAACCUGUCGAAAUUGAGGUGGAGAUUGUCGAAGGCACAAUUGAAGUGGAAGAUGAAGGCAUCGGAACGUUGGAGGAAGUGGCUUCUGCCAAGCAAUCCAUAAAGUACAUUCAGAGCACAGGGUCCUCUGAUGAUUCCUCCCUGGCACUGUUGGCAGAUAUUACCAGCAAGUACCAGCAAGAUGAUAGAAAAGGGCAGAUAAAAGAAGAUGGUUGUGCAUCUGACCCCACAAGCAAACAGGAACACAUGAAAUUACACUCCACUGAGAGUUUCAAGUGUGAAAUAUGCAAUAAAAGGUAUCUUCGGGAGAGUGCAUGGAAACAGCACCUCAACUCUUACCACCUCCAAGAAGGCAGAGUCAGUAAGAAGCAAAGAACUGGGAAAAAAAUUCACAUAUGUCAAUACUGUGGGAAACAGUUUGAUCACUUUGGACAUUUUAAAGAGCAUCUUCGAAAACAUACAGGUGAAAAACCUUUUGAAUGUCCAAAUUGUCAUGAACGAUUUGCCAGAAAUAGCACCCUCAAAUGUCAUCUGACUGCAUGCCAGACCGGAGUACGGGCAAAAAAGGGAAGAAAGAAGCUUUAUGAAUGUGAGGUCUGUAACAGUGUGUUUAACAGCUGGGACCAGUUUAAAGAUCAUUUGGUAAUACACACUGGAGAUAAACCCAACCACUGUUCUUUAUGUGACUUGUGGUUUAUGCAAGGAAAUGAAUUCAGGAGGCAUCUCAGUGAUACUCACAAUAUUUCAGAGUGUCUAGUAACUGAAGAAGUUCUUUCAGUAGAAACACAUGUGCAGACUGAACCUGUGACGUCAAUGGCUAUUUUAGAACAAGUUGGGAAGGUGCAUGUGUUACCAUUGCUUCAGCUUCAGGUGGAUUCAGCACAAAUGAUUGUGGAACAGGUCCAUCCUGAUCUGCUCCAGGACAGCCAAGUGCAUGAUUCACAUAUGAGUGAUCUUCCAGAGCAGGUCCAGGUGAGUUAUCUAGAAGUGGGUCAAAUUCAGACUGAAGAAGGUACUGAAGUACACGUGGAGGAGUUGCACGUCGAGCAGGUAAAUCAGAUGCCAGUAGAAGUACAGACUGAACUUCUAGAAGCCGACUUGGAACAAGUGACCCCUGAAGUCAUGAACCAGGAGGAGAGAGAGCCCACCCAAGCAGAUUGUACUGAGGCUACCAGGGAAGAUCGCGAAGAUGCUGAUGGUUUAGAGACCAAAUCAACAGUGGAUUCCCAAGCUGAAAGGGAAGGGAAUGAGAACAGAAUACCUAUGUCUGUUUUAGAAUGA